AUGCCAGCCCAAGCACCACAGACAGCCAUCUUCUCGCCCUCGGUCGCCCGCGCCGCUGCCUCCACGGCCAAGGACUGGUCCUACGUUGACGGAUGGCUGAAGUCCAAGUACCAGGGCCGCCCCGUGCCGUCCUUUGAGCGCAAUGCAGAUACCCUCAAGGCCCUGCUUGCCCUGGCAGCCCACAACGAGGCUGCCGACGAGGACCGCGAUCAGCUGGCGCGCAUGGAGGCUGCUGCGCUCGACGAGGUCAAGGCCGCCCGUGCCGACAACGCCACAGCGAGACAAGCUGCCGGCGCCAAAGCCACGGAGCAGCCGCCUCCCCCGGAUGGGGAGCACGUCGCGGCCGACGUGCUUGAAGCUGUCGAGAACGGCUUGACGAGAGAGGGCAGGACAGCUCUGGAGUCCAUGGCCGGCAUGGCCGUUGAGCUCGGCAUGGCCCGCCCUACCCCCGACGAGCUGGGCUGCAAGUUCGUCGAGUUGCAGGCCAAGGUCUACGAGCUGGAGCACACCAUCGAGCGCGUCGCCUUGCUGCAGCGCUACCUGGACCGCGAGUCGGCCGCCAUGGACGUCUUUGUCGAGGACCUGCAGGGCGAAGAGUACAGGCCUCCCUCGGACCUUUCAAAGCAGAACCUCGACCUCCAGCGUCAGGUCAAGCUGAUGUCCGCCAAGCUACCCGAGCUCGCCCAGCGGGUCAUCUCACUGGAGAAGUCGGUUCCGCUGCCCACCCUUACCGUCGAGGCGGUCAGGGAGGACGAGGCGAAUUAUAUGGAGCUGCUGGCCAAGAAAAAGGGUCUCGAUGCCCAGGUUAAGGCGUUCGCUGAUCUUCCGCCCGACAUCGAAGCAGCCAGGGCAGAGCUCGAGGCCCUUCGAACCGAGCUAAGGCACACCACCGAGAGGAGAGAUAGCCAGUUCGAGGGGCUGGUCGAGCGCGAGAGCCCUUUCAAACCCCGGAGACGCCCUUGA